AUGACCUCCAGGACCCCCGUGGGUGUCCAGCCGCGACAACCCCAACAGCGGUCGCUGAGCAGCAGCAGUUCUACGUUGCCAGCAACAGCCGCCGCUCAGCAGCCCGUUCCUCCUCACCGUUCCGUAUCGCAUCAUCACGCUCAUCACCACCUUCCCUCACCAUCGCCCGCUGCCGUCCGGCAACAACAACAGCAGCAGCAGCAGCAGCAGCAUGCCGACGUCUCCGCUGACCUUACUACCGACGCCUCCCCGAGCCGAUAUGGGAGCAAUACGCCUAGGAGGGGCGGCUCCCGUCUACGCCUCGAACUCUCGAGCGACCACGUCCUGACCGCCUCCGCGCCGCAGCUGUCGACCGAAUCACCCCAGAGCCUGGUCUCCGCCCGCGCCCUUUCGACGGCCGACGGCAUCGACGGCGAUACCAACAGUCCCGUCUUCUCGAGGGCCUCGCACCACGACGGCACCGACUGCAACAACAGCAACAGCAACAGCAACAACAACUACAACAACAACAACAACAACAACAACAACAACAACAACAACAACAACAACAACUACUACUACUACAACAACAACUACAACAGCAACAACUACUACUACAACAACAAUACCAAUAAUCCGCCCAUGCCUAUGCCUAGCCGGCGACGCAUCGCUGCCCACCGAUCCGGCCCUUCUGCAAGCCCAGCCGCCGCCGCCGCCUCUGCUGCUGCCCAACCGUCGGUCAAGAAGGACGGGCGGCCGAGACCUUACACGGUCGAGGUGCCGCCCGACGCGCCCCGGCUGGCCACGUCGACCCGCGCCAACCUCGUCGGCGCUGACCAGUUCGGCAAGGGAUACUCGUCUGGCCAUGCCGACUUCUUCCCCUGGACGGGUAAGCACCGCGAGGACGAGUGGUCCACUGAGUCCAUCUCCAAGGGCGUGUGGGAAAAGUACAGCUCCACCGAGUCGUCGUCGGCCAGGCCCGCCAUCCUGCCCACCCUCAAGCAGAAGACGGGGCUCAGCGCCCUGUCGAGCAUCUUCACCGGCAUCCUCAGCCAGCGCCGGCAGCGCGGCCAGAUCACCGCCCAGUCCACCUUCAAGCCGCCUCCGCGCGUCACCCUGACGGACACCAAGAGGGAGGUCUGGCUAAAGGAUCUCGCCAACCCGGCCACCUCGCUCCGGCGCCUCAGCCGCACCAUCCCCCACGGAAUCCGCGGCAGGACCCUCCUCGACCAGUGCCUCAAUAAGAAUGUGCCUACCGAGAGGGCCGUCUGGCUCGCCAAGUGCGUCGGCGCAAACGAGAUCCGCGCAUUCAAGCGCAAGGGCGCCAACGCCCCGACCGUCAUGGGGAACGAGGCUAAAUGGUCCAAGGACUGGACCAUGUUUGUCGAGCAAUUCGUCGACUCGGUCAUUUCCGCCCCCAACGAACCUGGUUGGAAAGCCAAGGUUACCUAUGCCAUUCGCCUUGCUACGAGCUUGUAUUCGGAACACCUCCUCGCCCGCGACCAUUACCUCGAUUGGAUCAUUUCGGGCCUAGAGAAUAGUACACAGUCCAGACUCCCCAUGUGGAUGCUCAUUGCACAGAUAUACUGGUCUGACUUGCUGCGGUCGCGCAAGUACGGGCUGCGCACCGUUUCGGCCCUUCUCGCUCAUAUGCACACGAUCCAACACGAUCCCGAUCGCGAUAUUCUCUCAGGCCUGUAUUCUCAGCUGGCGGUGAUGCUGAACGGCCUUGUCAAGACUAACCCCGAAAGCUUUGUUCUGCCAAACACCUGGCCCAGAUAUCGUGAUAGUCUCAAGGCCGCCCUGCCUGCCGAUGAUGAGGCUUCGCAACGGGCGUACAGCAGCAUCAACUUGCGCAACAUGCGGGUAGGCUCAGCCGAGACCUCGUAUCCACCGGCCGGCCGCCAGAAGCUGGUCAAGCUGUUGGACUCCACCCUCCCCAACGCCAUGGAUAUCGACCUAGCUGCCAAAUGCUGGUCCGCAACCGACGAUAAGACGCAGCUCAUCAGGACACUUGUCGAAUGGGCCACGUCCAUGCAUCGGUCCGGAGUUGCCAGAAUCUACGUCACCACAGCCAUACUCAAGUCGUUCCGAGCCUGGUGCCCUGGCGAGAGCUUUGAUGCUACGACUCCCCUUCUCGGGAUCCUCGACGACAUCUCACCCCACGAUCAGAGGCGCAAGGGCCUCGUGUACCACCUCGUCUCCGAGCUCAUACGCUACCGCCUCUUCUCCGUUCCCCGCUACCUGCAGUGGCUCAUCUCGCGGGGCGGCCUGCACGAUGCGUCCGACAUCGACCCUGAACACAGCCCUUGCUCCACCCGCCUCCUUGUCGAGCUCCCCGCCGACUCCUUCCCGGCAAGCCUCAAGGCCGACCGCGCGAAUCUGCUCCGUCGUGCCGGCGACUACUCGACCGCUAGCGAAGAGGAGGACAUUGCCAUCGCGGUCAGGUGCACACAGCACACGCUGGGGCUGCCGUUGCCGGUCGACGAUCCCAUGUCUCAAAGGAAACCUAUGCCCCUCAAGAAGCUCCUCGCUCGGAUACGCAACAGCAGCAAGGCCCUCAAGUGCGCCGUCAGCUCUCAGAUCCGGACCAUCAUGACGCAGCAGGACCAGAAUGGUAAUAGUGGCAAUAACAGUGGCGUUGGGAGCAACAGCCCUGCCUUCCUCAGCAUCUUCGUCUCAGCCCGCGCCAUCCUGGAGACGACCGAGGACUUCGUAGCACUGGCCGACGUCGUCCAGUCCUGUCUCAAGUCGUCGGAUGCGGAGGUUCUGGCCGCGUGCGCCGACACGGUCAACGUCAACCUCGCCGUCUUUGUCGCCCUGGGCUCAGCAGCCGAUUGCUUCAACGUGCUCGUGGAGCAGCUCAGGGCCCUCGGACAGCAGGGGGGGGGGACGCCCCAUACGAUGCUAGUGGCUGUCGCCCUCCUGGCUCAGCGGAUUCCCGGGUACGACGAGGUCGCCGGCCAGCUACGGCAGGAGCUUCUGCAGAGCGACCGCAGUAACGCCCUCGACGCGUGCUCCCCGGUCUCGGACAGCAUGGCCCUCCAGGUGCAGUCCGGUGAAGGUGAGCUGUCCGAGGAAAUCGACAAGCUGCUGGCCAGCGGGACGAGGAUCGACCAUCCUACCAUGAACAGGCUGUUCCGUGCCAUCCUGCCUCGACUCGAGUCCGGCUGGACAAAGGGCGACGAUAGCCGGCGGGUGUUUGCCUCGCUACUCACAAAGAUGCGCGUCUUCGACACCCACCAUUUUGACAAGCUCAUGUCCGACUGGGUCAGCCACGUGCGGUCCAUGGCCUCGCGGCCCCCCCUCGCUCAGCUGUUCCCCAUGCUGGUCAUCAUGGGCUGCCUGACAGUGCCUGCACUGCUCCACACGGCCAACGCCUCGCCACCCAUGGCAGAUAAGCCGUCGGCGGCCGAUCCCGACGCCACGAAUGGCGGGUGCGCGACGUACCUCCAGGAGCUUCUGGAGCUGCUCCUCCUGCAGCUCCCCAAGACGACGGGGCUGAGCCGCGAGGAGACGUACCGCUUCCGCAUCCACCAGGAUGCAGCUAGGUCGGACAGAGCGCCAGCGUUCCUGGGAUUGAUGCGCAACGCCAUCGCCGAGUACUCGACACUGCGUGACCAGCGGGCGGACAUCAGGCUAGCCCUGGACGACCCGUCGCUGCGCGACCACGUGCUGGAUGCGCUGAGGCUGCUCGUCGUCCUGGAUCCGCCGGCCGCGAGCGAGGCCCUGUGCAUCAGGGACCUGCCGGCCGGCGCAACGGAGAUAGUCUCGAGCGUGACGACGCAACUGCUGCUCCCCGACGGCCCCGCGGAUGCCCACAUAUCCUUCGACCGCAUCCUCGGGCUGGCAACGGAGCUGACGCUCCCGUUCUGCCAGAUCAAGCUAGAGUUUGACCUGUCAGUGACGGAGUGGACCAGCAAUCAGGGUGCCGCGGGCGAGAGCAGCCCAGCACCUUCGCGCUUCGACCUCUUCUCCAACGCCGUGGACCGGGCCAUCGAGGCCAACAACAUCACCUGGACGAGCAUGCUGCCGUGCCUCAGCGGCGAGAUCUCCCAGCACCUCCGCAACAUAGCGCACGCACGUUUCCUCAGCCUGGUCCCGUCGCUCCGCCUUCCCGACCGGCUCCAGGACACCACGUCGAGAGACCAGAUCCACCUGGGAGAGAACCUCGUGGGAGUAGUGGAGGCCAUGUCCGCGGGCCACCAGCCGAAUCCCACGCCCACGCCCACGCGGUCCAUGACGUCCCAGCCCCCUGGUGAACUGGUAGACAAGCUUAACGACCUGUGCGAGAUCGUCUCCGCCAACAACCGGCAGCAAGCAGACGACUCUGUCCGCGCCGCCGUGCUGGACCACUGGCUCCCCGCUCUCCUCCGUCUGAUCACCAGCCACGUGGCCUCCGCCACGGCCGCGGGCACGGCCACGAACAGCAACAACACCGGCCAGGAGUUGCGGGCCCGCAUCGUCGUCGCCUUGUGCAGCCUCCUCCUAGAACUGCAAUCCCUUCCCGACAGCGCAGCCACGGACCUAGCCGAGCGCGUGUUCGACGUUGCCAUGCUCCUGGUGGACGUCAUACCAGACGACAUGCGUCUUCAGUGUGCGCGGAGCAUCCUCUUCUCCUCUUCCUCAUCGACCUCGUCGCUCCCACCCACCGGCUCAUCCGAUCCGAAACUAUGCUACCUCCUCGGCGCGCCGCAGCCCACGACGACGGCGGACAGACUGGUGCUCGUCCAUCGGGAGAACAGCAGUGCGGGUGCCGCCAAAUCUUCCCCGUCGUCCGUGCUGCAGGCCCACGCCGCCGUGGGGCAGAGAAACAUGGGCGCCAUGUACGGCAUCGGACCCGCCGCGCAGGAACGACACACGCCGUUCGUUCUGAAGCAGUGGGAGAUGCUGAGUGAGAGUACGCCCAUGAUCGGGGAGAAUGACGCCAGCCUCAGCCUUGGGUUAUUUGAGGCUAUACGGAUUCAGUAG